AUGCAAGGAGGAGUCGAAGAGCUCAAUGUAGAAGAACUCGCUUCAAAUCUCUCUACUUACAAAGAACAGCUUCAGCAGGUUCGAAAACUUUUGGAUGAUGACCCUGGAAACUCUGAAUAUGCAGACAUGGAAAAGGAGCUUGGAGAGGUGAUUGCUUUGACAGAAGAACUUCUGGCAACUGCAAAACAAAAUGAUAAUUCCGGACUGGAUAUUCAAACAAGUUCUGAUGCAUCUCACAGUUUGCGCCAUUCUGCUGGUACCUCUCCAUAUAACAGGGACUCACGAACCAUAUCUGAUCACUUUGACAAGUUUCCUGUUGGCACUAAAGUUCAAGCUGUUUGGAGUGAAGAUGGAGAGUGGUAUGACGCGACAAUUGAGGCGCUUACUCCAAAUGGGUACUAUGUACGCUAUGAUGGAUGGGGUAAUAAUGAGGAGGUGGAUCCUGCUAACAUUAGGCCAGUUGAAGAAGGGGCUGUAAAUUCUCUGUUGGAAGCUGAAAGGGAAGCUGAGGCCACAAAACAAGCUCUUAAACGGAAGGUUGCUCAAGCUGCUGCUACUGACUUCCAGUCACGGAGUUUACCAGCAAAGCUUCGUAUUGAGCCUGACGACCCUGAAGAUGUGAAAGUUGCUAAGCGUAAGAAGAUACAUUUGUAUAAGUCAAAGAUGCGGAUAGAGCAACUUGAGGUUACACAGAAUAAGAGGCAGAAUGAUUGGCAGCAAUUCCAGACAACUAAAGGCCGGGCCAAGAAGAUUGGUUUCUUCUCAGGGCGCAAGCGAGAGAGCAUCUUCAAAUCCCCAGAUGAUCCAUUUGGAAAGGUAGGCGUGACUGGAAGUGGAAAGGGUUUGACAGAUUUUCAGAAGAGGGAAAAACACUUGCAUCUCAAGGGAGCAAACGCUGAGUCUAUUGAUGAUUAA